AUGAUUUCCCUCAAAGAUGGCUACCAUGUUGUGGCAGCAACUGUACCCCUAUAUGUUGCCAUGAUGUUAGGUUACAUCUCUGUAAAAUGGUGGAAGAUCUUCACACCACAUCAACGCUCAGGAAUCAACAAGUUUGUGGCCAAAUUUUCAAUCCCACUAUUGUCCUUCCAAAUCAUCUCUAGAAAUAACCCAUACAAGAUGAACAUAAAACUGGUGUGUGCCGAUUUCUUUCAAAAAUUUCUUGCCUUCAUUGUGUUGGCAGUAACUGCAAAAAUCAGAUCUAGAGGAAACCUGAGUUGGAUCAUAACGGGGCUGUCUCUGUCAACACUACCUAACACUUUGAUCCUGGGGAUUCCAAUCCUGAAAGCCAUGUACGGGAAUGAAGCAGCAGUCCUCCUCUCCCAGAUAGUUGUAUUACAAAGCAUAAUUUGGUACAAUCUAUUGUUGUUUCUGUUCGAGAUCAACGUGACAAAUUGUUUGACAUCACAAACAGAAGCCAAUGGUACGUAUGCAACAUUCACAUCUAAUGAUGCAUUGGAGGCUCCACAAGAAGAAGAACCAAAAGAUGGAAGGCAGGAAGCAAAAAUCACAACUUCCAGAAAAACAAAAAUCAUGCCUCUUCUGUUAACAGUGGGAAGGAAGCUCAUAGCCAACCCCAAUACUCAUGCAACUCUACUGGGUAUUAUUUGGGCAAGCAUAAGCUUCAGGUGGGGGGUACAACUGCCAAAAAUUGUUGAUCAAUCAUUAAAAAUAUUGUCUGAUGGAGGCCUUGGAAUGGCAAUGUUCAGCUUAGGUCUUUUCAUGGCAUCACAGGAUAGCAUAAUAGCAUGUGGAACCCGAAUGGCAGCAUUAGCUAUGGCAAUAAAGUUCAUUGCUGGUCCUGCCCUGAUGGCAAUAUCCUCAAUUGCUAUUGGGUUGAGAGGAAAGUUGUUCAGAGUAGCAAUUGUGCAGGCAGCUCUUCCUCAAGGAAUCGUUCCAUUUGUAUUUGCCAAAGAGUACAACAUAGAUCCAGACAUUUUGAGUACCGGGGUAAUCUUUGGCAUGCUCAUCUCCUUGCCUAUAGCAUUGGCCUACUACUUCUUGCUUGCAUUAUAAGUCAAGGCACUUGCAGUGGAUUGUUUAAGUAUUAAUUCUAUCUAGAUUUCUUUGUUUCUAUUAAAUAAGAGCAAUUGUAU